AUGCUGAAGAGCUCGUGCCAGAUGCACGCCACUAUCAGGGCACUCAUCGGACCUCUUCCAGACACCUACAGAUCAGAACCUACCACGAGGGUCAUCACCCACCUCGCCUCUACGGCUCCUGAGCCUUCCGUAAAAUCAGCACCACCACCAACCAACCUGAAUCUCACCUCUGUGGGUCAAACGGCUACAGCCAAAUCCUCUGCUGUCGCUACAACACCGCUAGUGUCGACGACAUCAGAUAAAGAGUCUAGUGGAAGCAGAAGCACAGCAGCUUCACCACCUCAAGGUCAAGAGCCCAAGAGAAGCCAGAAUGCCACAACAUCAGCAACUCAAGGCACCUCAAAGCCAGUCACCCCGACACCGAAGCCCUCUGACUACUUGCCUGCUCCUACUCCGACAGAUGACAAAUCACCACUGACGGUGGCAGCUUUUGGUGUCAUCAGCUUCAUAGUCAUCCUGAUAGUGGUGGUCAUCAUUCUGGUCAGCGUGGUCAGCCUGAGGUUCAAGUGCAACCGCUCAAAGGACUCAGAAGACAAACAGAAACCAGGAACCUCCAUGGUAUCAGAGAGCUGCUCGGCAGGCACAAGCCAGAAGGAGAACAGCAUCACUCUGAUCUCCAUGAAGAACAUCAACAUGAACAACAGCAUGAGUUACCCGCUGUCGGAAAAG